CUCCUUAUUUGCAUACGACGCUUUGAGAAGCAGACGACUAAUGAGUGCUGAUUACUGAGCUUCAAAAAACUCCGUCUCAACGCCCCCCGCUCGGGGGCCGGUGUCUCUCGCUGCUCGCUUCCCUGCGGCGCGUUUGUUUUGCAGACGGGCGCAGGAGGAAGAGGAGGAGGAGGGCUGGGGGAAGGGAAAGCCCCGGCUCCCCUCUGCCGGUGCCCGGCCCCGGCGGGGGCAGGUGCCCGCAGGUGGAUGAGGUGCCCGGCCCCUUCCCUCCUCUCCCCCCGCCCCGGCUCCUCCCUGGCCGCCGCCGCUGCUCCCGGUCGGCGCCGCGUCCCGCUCCGGAUCCGCUCCGCUUCUGCUCCGCCGCAGACGGGGGCGGCCCCAGAGAACAAGUAACAACAGUAUCUUCCUGUGAAGUGUUACUUGUCCUCUGAGUUUAGGCAGAACUGCAUUUCCCAGCUCUACAAUGAAGAACUGACUAAGAAUGGAUGCAACAUAAAAGAGAAGUCCUGCAGACUUAGUCACCAGUCUUGAUGGACUUACUGUUCACGCUUUACUUCCAAACGCUUGAGUUGUUUCAGUAAUACUGACAAAGGAAAGAUGACCUCUACUGUAGGCCCACCACCAUACUAUGAAAAUAGUGGCUUUCAGCCAGAAAACUAUUUUGCCAGGCCACCAGCAGGUGCUAACGCAUAUCCACCGUACUUCUCUACAAAUGCUCCAUCAGUGCCAACCUAUGUCCCAAGAGUUUCAACCUACCAGUCGACUAGUCCAGUAGCCCCUUCAUCUGGGAGGACUUGUUCAUCAGGUGUAAAGAAAACCAUAAUAAUUAUAAUAUCCAUUUUAAUAGUCAUUUGUUGUGCAGUUGGUGCUUUCUUCAUUUGGUAUUUUGUGGAGAAUCGUUGCCUCAGAUCGUUAAUAGAGUGUGGGUCUUCGGGAGUGUGCAUGUCUCCCUCAGACUGGUGUGACGGAGUGACCAACUGCCCAAAUGGGGAGGAUGAAAACCGUUGUGUUAGGCUUUUUGGACCGAACUUUAUCCUCGAAGUUUAUUCACCUGUCAGCAAAGCCUGGUAUCCUGUUUGUCAAGAUGACUGGACUGAUGAUUUUGGAAAGAUUGCAUGUAAAGAUAUGGGCUAUAAUGUAGACACAUAUUACUAUAGUCAAGGAGUAGCAGCUGAAGUCAGCUUUAAAAGCUUUAUGAAGCUGAACACAAGUGCUGGGAAUACAGACUUGUAUAAAAGGCUACAUAACAGCAAUGUCUGUGCAUCAGGAAAUGUGGUUUCUCUACGCUGCAUAAAGUGUGGCCUGCCCACCAGAAGCACGGCCAUCAUGAACAGGAUCGUGGGCGGCAGCGCGGCAGCACUGGGGCAGUGGCCGUGGCAGCUCAGCCUCCACGUGCAGGGCACCCACGUCUGCGGGGGCUCCAUCAUCACCCGCGAGUGGCUGGUGACGGCGGCUCACUGCGUGGAGGGACAACUUUCUGACCCAUACAUCUGGAGAGUUUAUGCUGGGAUUGUGAGCCAGAGUGACGUUAUUUUAAGAGCUGGAUAUAGAGUGCAACAAAUAAUUUCCCAUCCAGAUUAUGAUACGGACACUAAAGACAAUGAUGUUGCCCUUAUGAAGUUAGAGACACCGUUGAGUUUUACUGAUAAUGUACAGCCAGUUUGUCUGCCUAAUCCAGGAAUGAUGUUCCAGCCCAAUCAAGAGUGCUGGAUAUCUGGAUGGGGAGCAGAGUACCAAGGAGGUAAAACAUCAACUAACUUGAAUUAUGUUAUGGUACCUUUAAUAGAACGUUCUAGAUGUAACUCUGUCUAUAUCUAUAAUGGCAUGAUUUUGCCUACAAUGGUCUGUGCUGGAUAUCUAGAAGGAGGAAUUGAUUCCUGUCAGGGUGACAGCGGAGGUCCUCUGGUAACAAAUAAAAACUCUGUGUGGUGGUUGGUUGGAGAUACCAGCUGGGGAUCUGGUUGUGCUACUCCCAAUAGACCUGGAGUUUAUGGGAAUAUGACUGUGUUUACAGACUGGAUUUAUAAAAAUAUGCAGGCAAACAGAUGACAAUGCUGUCUGUCCUUGUUGAUGAUCAAUGUUUCUGAGAACAAGAAAAAAUGAAGCCAUGGGAUAUUUAUUCACUUUUACAAAUGAUUUUUCUCCUUGAAUUUUCUUUUUAAAAAUAACAUGAAGGAUUGCACAGUCGGUUCUGUACUGGCUACAGUGACCAAUUUUAAUCAGUGAAGAAUUAUCACAAUGAGCACCUUUCUUCUUGAUGUGGUGCCUGGCAGAAAGUUGUUCUGCCAGCUGCUUUCUAAGAUGUCUUUUUUUUUUAGUUGAGUACUUUCACUUGAUAAUCAAGUACAGGUUUGUAAUAGCAAUUUUGAUCACAAUUUAACGUAAGAUUUUUGUAGCAGGAUACUGAGAAGGUCUAGUAGCGUUUUAAAUUAAAUGUUAAGUAAUGUGAACACUGAAUCUCUGAGCUGCUGGUUGGCAAUUUAAGAAGAAUUGAAUGUUUUUCAUAUAUAUGAAGGGAAGUUUUCAUGCACUACGGUAGAGACACAGGAAAAAAAUACUGUAUAUUCAGGUAGUUAAAAAUCCUCAGGACCUUGACUGCCGUCAUUCAAGUCAGACUGUUCUAAGAGAGAUCAGUCUGGCUGUCUCAGUAAUUAAGUGCUCUUCUGCCUUAAACUGCUCUGAAUCUGGAAGGAGCAGGACCUGCCGUCACUUGAUGUAGGCCAAGGAGAGGGAUGCUUUGGAACUGCAGCGGGAAGCAGGGAGUUAACCAUCCUGACAGGGGUCCCUGGCUGAUCACAUCGUGAUGAAUCUUGAACUCUCCCUGCUGUGAAAGCUGACGUCUGGUCUGUCCUGUCCUGACUGUGAGGCUGUGCUGCAGGCAGCGGACCUCUGGCUGCAGUGCAUAUCCAGAGGCUGGAUGUUCUGUGAGAAGAAAUACAACCCCAUGUUUCUGCCUAACCAGAUGAACUACCUCAUUUAUUAAAUUUGGCUUUUAAUUCCUUAGAGCUCUCCUUUAGGUACCUGUAUGACGUUUUUAACAAAAGGCAGUUAAUAUCACAGUGCCACCUCGAGUAGGAUUUUGAAAAUAAUUUACAGCCAGUACACAGGAUCAAAAAGCCAUAACAAGUCACAUUUGUUAAGAAGGAUAAAUUUUUUUUUGAAUGAAAUGACUCUAUUAGUCUUGUUUUCUCUUUUGGUACUGAAAUGCAAUUAUCUUGCAUGAAAACACUGCGCCAAAUAAAUAUAUUUUUUUUUACAAAUAAAUUUCCUUUGUGGUGGUUUCUGUCUGGGAUGUUUUGGAAGCAAUUGCUGAAUUCAGUGUCUGAAAUCCUCUGAGAAUCUGAUUUAAGAAAAAAAGAAACAAGACAACGAAAACAUGUAAGAGGGUGAUCCAAGAGAUUUCUUUAACUCCAGUAUUUCAGGUCCUUAGAGAAAUCCAGGAGAAGAGCUGGAUGUCCAGGAGUGCUGGAUGUCUUCAGUGGCUGGGUCUGAUGAAAUCACUCAGACUGGUGAAACUGAGGUGAAAGGAAGCUUAGCUUGAAGGCAGUGGGUUGAGGCACUUGCACCCUGUUUUGUUAUUGCAUCUCAUGCAGCCUGAAGCAAUGUGCACCUGCCUCUUUUCUCAAGGUGCUACAGGGUGUUUUCAAUGGCACUAAUGUCAAGUGUGCCUUGGGGGAUACCAUGAAGUAGUCAUUGAAUUUGAAGUGCGUUCAAAACAGAAAUUAAGUAUGUUCAUUGUUUUCAUAUCAGGCCGUUAUAUGGCUUGUGAACUGCAGUAUUGCAAGUCUACAGUAGCAAAUGUGGAAAACUGUCAAUAGUGCUGAACAGGGUUGUAAAAGCUCUAUGCUCCACUGGGGUGAGUGCUGUGCUGCAGAAGUCAGCCAUCCGCUGCUGCAGUGUUAUGAAGAGAAGGCUUUGCUUGUAACCAUCUUGAAAAUCCUUUCAUGACAAACUGUCAUAGGCAUGUGUUUUUUUAGCUCUAUGCAGCCUGUAGCACAGCAUUGCCCACAAAAUAAAUCCUCCAGGUGAAAGAUGUCACAAAUACAGUGCAGUAUUACGUUUUGUACUGGCUUCCAUGAAACAAAAGACAGCUUUUGGAAAGGUUUUCCUCACCCUUUGGAGGGUAAAAUGACAGGUACUAACCCCCCAUGCUGAGACAUCCUUCCAGUGUUCAGUGUCCUGGGUGGUUUAAUCUGUUAUAGACAUCCAAAUCCAGCUGUCCAGUGGAUCUUCCAUCAGACCCAAAAUUUCAACCAAGGCUCCAGGCAUCCAAAAGACAGGAGUGUUAGGAAAAGACAGGAGUGCUAGGGUUUCUCUACAACUCAGAGAUCUGAUAAAGGAGAAGCAGAUCUAACAUCAUCCUGGGGAGAUACUUAUCAGAUGUAGUUAACUUUAUUUCCCUUUAGGCUGGAACUGUUUCAUACUCACUGUGAGCACCAUGUCUAUCUGCUGGGAUGAGAUUUAAUAGUGAUGACACCUUACACAGGCAUCUUUCAGGCAAGGGCAGGAAAUACAACAACCAGCACAAACACAGAGCGAAGCAGAGGAACACUAGGGAUGGGCAGUAAGUGUAACAACACCAGACCCACCAAACUUGGAGCUCAAGCUUUUCUUUAAAAAAAUAUUUCAAUGAUGCACAGUAGACAAAGUUUAUAAAAUGAACAUUUAGAAAUGGGAUAACAUUCAUUUAACCACAUCUCUCCUAAUGGAGAAUUUUAAACAAGAGUAGGUGUGUGUG